AUGUUGACGUUCAAUUUGAAAUUCUGUUUUUCUGGAUGGCGGCAAUUAGAAUCACCGCCACAGUUGUUGUCGGGGAGAUUCUCCGGCCAUCACAGUUACAAUCUUCUAUCCGCACCUGAUACACACUCGUUUGCAUCGUUCCCACUUCGCUUCGGUUCAUUUCCCGUCCAAUCAGUUACUCUUGGAUCCGGUGUGCCGCGGCUUCGGAUUCCGAUGGCAAUGAUAAUAAGAAGGCGUCCGUCCGCACGAAUGUCUCAGGUUCAACAGCGAUUGCAAGAAGCCAUUGAGAGGGCUGUUGGAGCAAGAGCAGUACACAACACACACACACAUACUAUCUAUAAUCAUGGUCAGAGAAAAAAAAUUCUACAAAUGGAAAAGAAUCGAAUCAACAAAGAUGGGGAGCUUGUGAUUUCCUCCACAAAGACCAGAACACCAAAGGGUAACAUCGAGGAUGCCUUGGAGAAACUACAGGUGAUCAUUGAUGCUGCUUCAUACGUCUCGCCACCUCCAUCAGAAGAACAAGUAAACAAAAUUACCAAAAUUGCGGCUGUAGUAGAGCAGAAGAGGCAACGUCAUUUCACAAUACAAUAUCCAAUAACAACAAUAGGUUGUUCAAACGAAGAAGCAUAAGUUAUUUUUGUCAUUUCCAUCUAAACUAAAAAAGAAGACAAUUUUAGAGGGUGCGCUAGCCUCCAUCAGAGCCACAUUUCGCCUUCAAUUUCCACCACCAUUGCCAUCAACAAGUCAAUUUUCCCAAGAGGGAAGGAAGACAAAGUAUAUAAAAGAAAAAUUAGAGAGAACCGUCGCCGCUCUGAACCCUUUACAAAGUCGAUGAUGUGGUUUGACGGCGGUGGGUUGAUUUUUUGGGAGAUAGGUGAGAUAGAUAGGUUAGGUAUGUGCCUCAUAUUUAUAUUUAAUAAAAUUUAAUUAAAUAGAAAAAAAAAACAUAUCAGCAUGGAAAGUUAGUCAUUUCAGUGUCGAAAUAGACCAAAUCCACAACGAAAGAUGUUCAAAAUGACCAUUUGUCCAAAAUUGUCAAGGUUUGGACCAAAACCCGCAAAAAUGCAAAUCAU